AUGGGGAAUUCAGGUAAGAAACAAAAAGCUCAUCUUUCAACCUCAUCUGUAGCCAGGGCUGUGGCCCAGACCAACCCCUAUUAUGGUGGCCAGGCCCCAGGGGCCACCCAAGUGCUGUUUGUUAAUGGGGAUGCAGACCCCUGGCAUGUGCUAAGUGUAACACAGCCUUUGGGACCCUCUGAGCCAGCCCUCCUCAUCCCUAGUGCCUCACAUUGUUUGGACAUGGCACCUGAGAGACCAUCAGACUCCGCUAGCCUCCGCCUUGCGCGACAGACCCGUCGCUUCCCCGGGUUCAAAGGACGGUUCCAUUUAGGCACAGAACGGUCCCGGCUGAGAUCGGAAUGGAGUGGAGGUGCGUUUGUCUGCGUGUGUGUUUCGAGACAAGGCUGUGGGACAGACAUACACGGAACGGGGCCUGGGGGCCCUCGCAGGCAGGGUAUCUGGGCCAGCAGCGGCUCUUCUCGGACGGUUCGGGGACUCGGCGGCGAGAUCGACAGGAAGCGCGCGAAACGGCAGGCGGAGAAGGUCCGCGUCGCCCCCGGGAAACCAGAACUAUUCCCGGAGUCAGGACCAUGA